AUAUAGCAGUAGAAGAAAAAAAAGGGGGAGUGCAGAUAAUUCAGGAAGGGCUAAUUCUGCGUUAGCCGUUAGGACCGCCUAUUUGGGGCCGGUUUGGUUCAUAGCCUAAAAUGGCCUUACCAAUGUUUGGGCCACAUUAACAGUACAAAGUAUAAUUUUGGUUUGGAUCCAAAUAUUGGCUGGCCUAUGCAAAACAAUAGGUCACGCCAUUGACAAGAGCCAAAACGUAGGCGUGAAAUUUAAACUCUUGCGCGGGCUCGGAUGACGCUCCAUAUCCAAGCUGCACAGUAGUACACAAGCAGAUAUUCCCAUUUAUUGGCAUCCACCUACCGCUCAUCAUCUUCUCUAGCCACAGGCCACAACCUAUAGCUCCUCCAAUCCCGAGCUAGAAGACACAGAAGCCCAUCUUGCCAUCCAUAGUCAUCUUCUCAAACAAUCAAACCCAUAAGAGCUGAUCAAAUGGGGUAGAAAUUUUGGAGUAAAUCUGCUGGGGAGGGGACGAGAGUGAGGCGGAAGGGUUCUGCUCAGGCGACAGAGGACGGCAUACGGGCGCCGCGAUUUCAGCUGCAGCUCUACUGACUCCGUCGCGCUCAAGUGCCAUCACACAAAGAUGGAGAGCAAUCGACAGCAAUAUGUGCAUUGCUUCUUGUUGAGGCAAAAGGCUGUAGUGAUACUUCUGGUUUUGAUCCUCGUCUGGUUGAGGAAUAAAAAUGGUAAAAGAAGUAAAUGCAAAGGGGUACGGUAUGGGCCCCUGAUCCAUAGGGAUGUAUGGAGAACAAGUGAAUUAAUUAGGUUGAUCGACACUUCAGAUAGGAUAUGCACACAACAAUUGAGAAUGCCCCGUCAGUUAUUCUACAGGCUCUGUUCUCGUCUUAAGAACAAGGGACUACUAGUUGACACCUUUCAUGUUUCAGUAGAGGAGCAAGUGGCAAUGUUUCUGAAGAAGGUUGGACAACAUCAUUCAGUUCCAUCUGUAGGAUUCUCAUUUUGGCGAUCUGGUGAGACAGUGAGUAGGUAUUUUCAUAUUGUGUUGCGGGCCAUGUGUGAGUUAGCUCGAGAACUCAUUUAUGUCAGGUCUGCCGAUACACAUACUAAGAUCACCAGCAACCCAAACAAAUUCUAUCCAUAUUUUGAGGGCUGUAUUGGGGCACUAGACGGCACACACAUCAGGGCAAGUGUGCCAGCCAAGAAGGUGGAUAGGUUUAGAGGCCGCAAGUCAUACCCCACACAGAACGUAUUGGCUGCUGUCGACUUUGACCUUAGGUUCACAUAUAUCCUAUCAGGUUGGGAGGGGUCAGCUCAUGAUUCUCUUGUCUUGCAAGAUGCAUUGUCGCGCCCAAAUGGUCUUAAAAUACCAUAAGGGAAAUAUUUUUUGGCUGAUGCUGGAUAUGCUGCUAGGCCGGGUAUAUUGCCGCCAUAUCGUCGUGUUCGAUAUCACCUAAAAGAGUUUCGUGGCCCUCAAGGUCCAAAAUGCCCAAAAGAGCUAUUCAACUAUCGUCAUUCUUCACUUCGAACUACAAUUGAACGAGCUUUUGGUGCUCUUAAGAACCGCUUCAAGAUUCUUAUGAAUAAGCCAUUCAUACCCUUGAAAGCCCAAGCAAUGGUGGUUAUCGCUUGUUGUGCCCUUCAUAAUUGGAUAUUGGACGAUGGACAUGAUGAAUUUGUCUCCGAUGAGGAUACGUGGUAUGCUCGCCUACCAAGGAGUAGUAACCGUGUCACUGACAAAGGGGCUGAUGUACGUGAGUGGGCAGCCAAGCGUGACGAUAUUGCCAAUCAGAUGUGGAAUGAUAGAAACAACAUAGAUGUCCACGAUGUUAUGACCAGCGAAUGAGUUACCAACUAUGGGAAAUCGUACUGAAGAUAAUAGCAAGGAAGGUGGCUCUCGUGAAAAGUAUAUCACUUGGAGUGAUGAUGCCACUCAGUUCAUGCUUGAGUGGUAUAUAUCGCUCCGCAAGGACAAACCUACCACCUUCAAGUGGAGGAAACAACACCACCAGCAGUGUGCUACUGCUUUGAAUGACAAGCUUGGACUUAGAGUCAACAGAAGCCAAGUCCAUCGGCAUUUCAGGCUAUGCAAGGAAAAAUGGAGUUGGAUCUGUGCAGCCUUAGGAAAAAGUGGCUAUGGUUUUGAUGCAACAUCAUGCAAAUUUAACAUUGACCCAUCGGAGAAGGAAGCAAACAAACUUGGUACAACUAAAUACAACUACUUGACUAAGCCUAUCAAAUUCUUCCAUCUCUUUGAAGAAUUAUUUGUGGGCUGUUCAAAAGCUGAUGGCUCUCUUGCGAUGGACCAGUUUACUGCUAAUACUAGUAGUGAUAGUGAUGGCAGUGGUAGCAUCAAGGAGUUGGAAGAAUAUACAUUUCCACUGCAAGAUGGUGGCAAUGAUUCCGACACAAUACCUCGCUAUAGUCCGACAACUGAUGCCACUUCUUCAGGGCAGAAGCGUAAGUUUGUGAAAUCACCUACCAAGAAGAUUGUGAAGCAUAAAACGAGCCGCCACAAAGCAGAGGAGGAUGAGCUGAUAGCUAGUAUCCUUAGGCUUGCUAACUCUCUUGCAUCUGCACAGUCUGUUGCAUCUGUUGAAGUGCCCUCUGUAGGAGAUCCAAAUGCAAGUAUUUGGAAGCGCAUAGAAGACCUCACCAUCCCAGCAAGUGACAAAAUUGAACUUGCAAUCUUUCUCACCAAGCCAGAACAAGAAUGCUUUCGUUCUUAUCUGCGAGUUGCAAGUGAUGAAAGUUUCCAAGCUUGGGUUAUAGAUUACUUUGGGCGCAAAUGUGCUACCGAUGGUGGCUAUGUCACUCUGUGAAUCAUUUGCCAGGUGGUGACAUUUUGGUUAGGGAGCAAUGCAUUUUGAUAAACCCAUGUUACUGUUAUAUACUUAUGAUAUAUGCUGCCACUACCAUAUAGGGGAUGGCAGUGUGAAGUAUAAAGUAGGGGUUAGUGCAAACCCAUGAUGUAAUAUAUGGCACUACUAUGUGGGUGAUUACGAAGUACUACUAUGUAGGGAUAUGUGCAAACCAAAAUGCUGUAAUGCAUGAUGUGUUAUUGCUGCA